GUAAAGACAAUACUAAUAGCGUAACGGAAGCACCGCAGAUCUAAGUGGUUGGGCAAACGUGCGCGUGCGCGCAUUGUAUGGCCGAUGAUAAAGCUCGCAAUUUUAGUUGUCAGUCGGGAGCGUGCCGUGGAUCGAGGCGGUCCUCCCUUUCGGUCGGCGCGGGAACCCGUGCGCGUUUAUCAUCCAUCCGGUCGUAUCAUCAUCUACAAACGAACUACUCUCGAACAUCGAACAGUACUCUGGUUGCCCUCCAUCGAGGAAUCCAGUGGCAUGGGUGAUGGUUCCAAGAUGACAAUGUGGCGGCUCGUGGCGGCGGCGGCAGUGCUCUGCGCGUGCGCUCACAUCUCCGCGGCCGACCCGCGCACCCCGCAGAGCACGCGCACGCCGCGCCUGUGGCCCAGAGCGCCGCGCACGCUCUCAGAUCGCAAGCCCAACCAGUUCGUAGGGCCCCACGUUUGUCGAUCUCGCAACAGCACGCAUUGCUGUCCCGGAUGGACGUCCAGGCCGAAUUCAUUACUUUGCAUAGUCCCCGUGUGCCGGCCUGACUGCGGCUCGCCGGGAGCGUGCGUGGCCCCCAACAUGUGCCGCUGCGCCACCGGAGUGGAGGCGCCCUCCUGUGGAGGUGGCGGACUUUACCCCUACCCAGUACGAACGCCGGGCGGCUGUCGUCGUAUCUGCAUGAACGGCGGUACCUGUUCCAAUGGUACUUGUUCCUGCGCGCCCGGCUGGAGCGGAGAGUUCUGUACUGAACCUAUAUGUCGUGAGCCAUGUUUGCACGGCGGUAGAUGUAUCGCUCCCGAUCGAUGCGUCUGUUUCCACGGACUGUCCGGCACAAGGUGUGAGAUUGACAGGCGAACUGGUCCGUGCUACACGGAGACCCGCGGCGCGCUGUGCACGGGCGCGCUGGAGGGCGUGGUGUGCACCAAGCAGCUGUGCUGCGCCACCGUGGGCAGCGCCUGGGGACACCCCUGCGAGCGCUGCGCGGACCUCGACUGCCCGCACGGGCACCUGCGGAACCUCGCCACCAAGGAGUGCCAGGAUAUAGACGAGUGUGCAGCAGUCCCAGGUCUCUGCGAGGGCGGGCGUUGCAUCAACUCCAUCGGGUCGUUCUCUUGCGAGUGUCCGCCCGGACAGCGCCGCCAUCGCGUCACCAACAACUGUGAGGAUAUCGACGAGUGCGAGGACGAAGAUAUUUGUCCGAACGGCAAAUGUGUUAACACGGAAGGCGACUACUACUGUCUAUGUAACCCUCACUUCAUUCCGAGCCCAGACAAAAAGUUUUGUAUAGACGGACGAGUGGGCAGCUGCUUCACAUACAUGAGCGAGACGGGCGAGUGCGCGGACCGGCUGCCGAUGCCGCUCUCCAACCGCGACUGCUGCUGCGGGUACAACAUGGGCCGCGCCUGGGGGGACCUUUGCACGCCCUGCCCGCCUAGGGGAUCCACGGAGUGGACGCACCUGUGCGGCGGCGGCGCGAUCCCGCCGAACUGGCGCCGCAACGUGACGGGCGGCGGCGAAGACGACGGGACCUCGUACGAGCCGCCCGCCAUCGCCAAGAUCAACGAGUGCAUGCUCAGGAACGGCAUCUGCGGACUCGGAACCUGCGUCGACAAGGACAUCGGAUAUCAAUGUGACUGCUGGGAUGGUGCUGAAUCAGUGAUACAAGAUGGCAACCCAAUUUGUAUUGAUAUCGACGAAUGUGCUCUUGAAUAUUGUAAAGGAGGAACGUGUAUAAACAGACCAGGUGGAUUUGACUGCAGGUGUCCACCUGGUUUCGAUCCUGUCGAAAACGGUCAAAGGUGCAGCGAUAAAAACGAAUGUGAAAUGACGAACGGAGGAAUGUGCACUAAUGGAGAGUGUCGAAACAGCGAUGGAGGAUUCGAGUGCGUGUGCAACCCUGGUUACGAGUCUACGGAGACCGGUCACGCGUGUCGCGACGUGGACGAGUGCCGCGACAACCCGCGCGUGUGCCGGCGCGGGCGCUGCCGCAACACGCCCGGCGGCUACGACUGCGACUGCGAGCCCGGCUUCGACAUCAGCGCCGGCGGCUACUGCACAGACAUCGACGAGUGCGCCGACAACACCGUCUGCCAGGGUGGUCGCUGCGUUAACAGCGAAGGCUCGUUCCAGUGUGUAUGUGAGGCAGGCUACAGACCCACUCCAGACCGUGGUGCAUGUAUUGACGUUAAUGAAUGCUCAGAACAACGAGUCUGUAGGAAUGGCCGCUGUCAUAAUACGCCCGGCUCCUUCCGAUGCGAAUGUCUGCCUGGUUUUACGCUAAGCAACGAUGGUAGGACAUGUCUUGAUGAGGUGCAAGAUUUAUGUUACGAAAAGUUUGAAGAAGGGCAUUGUACUUUACCUGGACAAAAUCCAGUAACUCGAUCUCAGUGCUGUUGUAGUUCUAGUAAAGGUCUUCAUUUAGGUUGGGGUGUUGCUUGCAAAGCCUGUCCUGAAGCUGGAAGCAAGGAAUACGACAUCCUUUGUCCCGAAGGUUCGAGCAAGGAUAACGGAGGAGCAGAUAUUAACGAGUGUACUAUGAUUCCUGGAAUUUGUCCUCACGGUACUUGUGAGAACUUAGAGCCCGGAUACAAAUGCAUCUGUGACCCUGGAUUCCAUCCCGAUGCUGAUGGAAUUUGUAGGGAUAUUGAUGAAUGUGAUAUGCACCAGUCGUACUGCACAGGCGGUCAGUGCCGCAACACGCUCGGAAGCUUCACGUGCGUAUGCCCACCGGGGACUCGUUACGAGCCCGACGAACAAAUCUGCCGAGACAUUGACGAAUGCGAGGGUGAGACUCUUUUCAUCGUCAAGGAAUACGAUCGGGGCGACAUCCCCCCUAUGAUCCCAAUCGGAACAGAACAAUCGAACCCUUGCGAUAAUGGCCGCUGUAUCAACUCCCACGGUAGCUACGAGUGCGAGUGUGAAAAUGGAUUUGUACUUGACGCUACUGCCCAGCACUGUAUUGACAACCGUCGCGGCUCGUGCUGGCGGCGCGUGGUGGAGGGCCAGUGCGAGGCGGCGGCGCUGCGCCCGCUGCUGCGCCAGCAGUGCUGCUGCAGCGUGGGGCUGGCCUGGGGCUCUCCCUGCGAGCCCUGCGACCCCGACUCCUGUCCCUGCCAGAAGGGCUUCGCCAAGCUUGACGGAGCGACCUGCAGAGACGUGGACGAAUGCCAGCUAGAUUCUGAGCUAUGUAUUGGGGGCACUUGUGUAAACACGGAUGGCUCCUACAAGUGCGAAUGCCCACCAGGACUCACGCUUGACCCAACUGGUAACCGUUGCGUGGACACUCGUCGUGAAUAUUGUUAUACUGACUUUGUUGGAGGACGUUGUUCAAAUCCCCUGCAAGUGGAGGUGUUGCGCGCUGUCUGCUGCUGCUCUUCACUGGGUAAAGCUUGGGGAGACAGGCGAUGCGAAGCCUGUCCUAAGAAGGGAACGGAUGCAUACCGCAACCUUUGCAUCGCUGAAGGGACAGGACACCCGCCAACAAUUUGGGACCGACCAGGAGGACCCAUUGGCAAUGGUAGUGUGUGGGGAGGCGACAACGGCGGUAUCAGUGGUAUUGGUGGGGGUGGCGGUGGUGGCGAAGGAGACUAUGAUUGGGAACAAGUCGGUGGAGGGGAUGACAAUUGGAGGAACAUCUCCGGGGACAGCUGGCACAAGGGCGGGCCUGGGGUUAUUCCCGGACAAAUGGAAGUCAACGAGUGCGCAGCCUUCCCGGGGCUCUGUGGACAUGGCCGCUGCAGGAACUUGGUCGGCACUUUCACUUGUGACUGCUUCCCUGGAUAUGAAAAGGACUCAAAGAAUCAUACAUGUGUGGAUGUAAACGAGUGCGAGAUAGUAGACGGUGUUUGUGGAGCUGGCGAGUGCCGCAAUACUGAGGGUAGCUUCACCUGCCACUGCAACCCUGGACAUAAGGCUGAUGACUUCUCUAAAGUCUGUGUUGACAUCGAUGAAUGUGCUGAGACUCGUGGUUUGUGUCGCGGUGGUCGCUGCAUCAAUACGCCCGGCUCUUUCCGCUGCGAGUGCGGCCCCGGCAUGGAACUGUCGCCCGACAGACUGUCCUGCAAGGACGUGGACGAGUGUUCCAUCACUUCUGGAAUUUGUAGCAACGGCGCUUGCGAGAAUCUCAUGGGUACAUACCAGUGUGUUUGCGACGAAGGUUAUGCACAGUCCACUGUUAAGUCCCACUGUGAAGAUAUCGACGAAUGUACGGAGGACCCCACGAGAUGUCAGCACGACUGUGUCAAUACUCCUGGAUCUUAUCACUGUACUUGCAGGGAGGGCUGGCACCGGCGCGCGGACGGGCGCUCGUGCCGCGACAUCGACGAGUGCGGCGGCGGCGCGCGGCCGUGCGGCGGCGGCGUGUGCCGCAACACGCCCGGCUCCUACGUGUGCACCUGCAGCGACGGCCUGCUGCCCGCGCCCGACGCCGCCAAGCCCACCUGCCACGACAUUGACGAGUGCGCCGACGUUCCUGACCUGUGUGGAGCUGGUGAAUGUCACAACACUAUUGGAAGCUUUGUCUGUCGCUGUCCCGACGGUUACAGCGUGAAGCCGGAGCAAGGUCCCGCAUGUACUGAUGAUGACGAAUGCGAACUUGGUACUUGCGACUGUCAUCCAGCUGCUGAUUGUAUUAAUUUGCCGGGUUCGUUCCAAUGCCGCUGCCGCGACGGCUGGCGCGGCGACGGUACGGAGUGCGAGGACAUCGACGAGUGCCUCACCAACAACGGCGGCUGCCACCCUCGCGCCACCUGCACCAACACCGACGGCUCAUUUAUGUGCCUCUGCGAUACUGGAUACAAGGGCGACGGUUAUUCAUGCGUGGAUAUUGAUGAAUGCGCAAACGACCCGACCCUCUGUGAGAACGGGCACUGCACCAACACGCCCGGCGGGUACGAGUGCGACUGUGAUGUCGGCUUUACGAAGUCACCUGACGGCAGAUCCUGUCUUGAUAUGGACGAGUGCGCGACAUUUGACAAUGUCUGCGUUUUCGGUCGGUGUGUGAACACGUACGGCAUGUUUAAAUGUAUCUGUGACAAGGGAUACCAAUCCGACAGCAUUGACGAUCUGAUGCCCGGUUUCAACUGCACGGACGUGGACGAGUGUAAGUCACCGCAGUCCUGUCAGUACGGACAGUGCAUCAACACUCAGGGCUCCUACAUCUGCAGGUGUCCGCCUAACUACGAGCUGGUCUCCGACGGCACUGCUUGUUAUGAUUCCCGAAAGGCUCGCUGUUAUGGCAAAGUAGAUCUGAAGUCUGGAGCAGAACAUUGCCGAGACAGUGACGAAUUAUCUGAAGAUGGGACAAUGGCCGCUUGUUGUUGUUCUGUUGGUGCUGCUUGGGGCAACUAUUGUGAUCUUUGUCCGGAGCCCGGCUCUGAAGCGUAUAGACAACUUUGCCCUGGUGGACCCGGAUACCAACCUGUGCUUGAACCACCGUCGUACGUGGUGACGCUGGCGGACAUCGACGAGUGCGCGCAGCACCCGGCGCUGUGCGCGCACGGCACGUGCACCAACACGUUCGGGUCCUUCGUGUGCACGUGCGGCGCCGGCUGGCAGCUGGCGCCCGGCGAGGCGCGCUGCCAGGACAUCGACGAGUGCGCCACGCCCGGCCUGUGCGGGCCCGGCAUCUGCCGCAACCUGCAGGGCUCCUACGUCUGCCUCUGCCCCGAGGGAUACGUCGCCAUGCCCAAUGGAAAGGAGUGUGUAGACGUUCGUCAACGGCAAUGCUACAUGGACUGGGAUCCUGACACGGGCAGAUGCACGGGUGCCGCCGGAGUACCGCAAACUAAAUACCUUUGCUGCUGUUCCGUUGGCCGAGCUUGGGGUGCACCCUGCGAAGCCUGCCCAGACAAGGGAUCACAAGAACACAUGGCUCUCUGUGGGGAGAAACCUGGAGAAUACAUCAAUCCUAUGACAAAUGAGACCAAGCCUAUCAACGAGUGUGAUAUAAUGCCACAACUGUGUAAACCUGGAACCUGUCACGACACUCCGACUGGUUUCCAGUGCGGAUGUGAUCACGGUUACGAGCAUGACAACACGUCACACCUGUGCCGCGACAUCGACGAGUGCGCGUCACAGGCGGGCGUGUGCCGCGGACUGGCGCAGUGCGUCAACCUGCCCGGCGCCUUCGAGUGCCGCUGCCCGCCCGGGUACCGCCUCAGCGCCUCGCUCGACGAGUGUGACGACGUCGACGAGUGCGCCGACGAGCGCCUCUGCGACCACGGCGACUGCAGGAACACCAUCGGAUCUUACAGAUGUGACUGCAAGCCAGGUUACACGCUCCGCGAUAAUGCUUGUCGUGAUGUGGACGAGUGCGCGCGCCCGCGACCGAUGUGUCGCAACGGAACCUGCGAGAACCUGCCCGGAGGGUACGCCUGUCACUGUGAUGAGGGCUUCAAGCCAGGCGCUAACAACGACUGUAUAGACAUAAACGAGUGUCGCGAGGGCGGCAUGGUGUGCCGCAACGGUCGCUGCCGCAACACGGUGGGCUCGUUCCGCUGCGAGUGCGCGCCGGGCUACGCGCUGACGGCGGACGCGCGCCACUGCCGCGACGUGGACGAGUGCUCCGAGCUGCCGCAGCCCUGCGGCCGCGACGGCUCGCCCUCAUGCACCAACACCAACGGAGGGUAUGAAUGUUCAUGUGGUGCGGGUUGGAGGCUGGUCGGGCGACGAUGUGUGGACCGCGAUGAGUGCAGAGAGAUCCAAUACGUUUGCGCUGGAGGAGACUGUCGAAACUUUAACGGAGGAUACGUAUGUGACUGUCCACCUGGCUGGAGAUUCGAUAAGGCGGCUGCCAUCUGUGUCGACGAGCGUAAAGAACUUUGUUACGAUGAGUUCGAAUCCGGAAGAUGUCACAAGGCUAGACCUCUACAGCUUGGUCGACCAGAGUGCUGUUGUUCCGAAGGUGCUGCUUGGGGAAGAUACUGUGAACGUUGUCCGACGCCAGAUUCACCUGAAUUCCUUCGAAUUUGUCAAGGUGGAAUGGGCAGACCUAAUCUUACUCAGGACCUAGACGAGUGCAAGGUCCGCCCUGACGUGUGUAAGGGCGGGCGCUGCAUCAACACGGACGGGUCGUUCCGCUGCGCGUGCGCCGCCGGCUACGUGCUGGACGCGUCGGGGCUCGCCUGCGUGGACGCGGACGAGUGCGCCGCCGACCCGCGCAUCUGCGGGAACGGAACCUGCACCAACACGCCCGGCGGCUACGAGUGCCGCUGCAACUACGGCUUCACACAGGGACCUGAUCAGACGUGCGUGGACAUAGACGAGUGCGCGGAGGGACGCGCGCUGUGCACGUUCCGCUGCCACAACACGCUGGGCUCGUUCCGCUGCACGUGCCCCUACGGGUACGCGGUGGCGGCGGACGGCGUGCACUGCACCGACAUCGACGAGUGCGCGCAGGACCUCAAGGUCUGUCCGCACGCCUGCGAGAAUGUCGUCGGGUCCUACAUCUGCAAGUGCCCGGAAGGUUACAAACGAACAUCUUCACCCCACGAUGCACCGGAUGCCUGCGAGGACAUCGACGAGUGUUUGGAGGCUGAGCGCUGCUCCCCGGGCGUGUGCAUCAAUACCGAGGGCGGCUUCCUCUGCGACUGCGAUGUGGGCUACGAACCGAGUGAAGAUGGAAUGGCCUGUAUCGACCACCGCACAGGCAUGUGCCACCGCUCGCUGGUGGCGGGGCGCUGCAUGCCGGAGCCGUGGCCGCGCGCGCUCGCCUCCACGCCCGCGCCGCCCGCACACGUCACCAAAGCGCAAUGUUGCUGUACGCUGGGUGUUGCCUGGGGUCCGGAAUGCGAGCUGUGUCCGCAGCCUGGCACCCCCGAGCGCCUGGAACUGUGUUCACCUAUCAACUUGGGCGGCGGCACCACUGGCCUCAUACCCGGCAUGAAGGGAGAGAACAACGGACAGAUCGGGAACGGCAUCGACAUGUUCGAUGUAGACGAGUGUGCCGCGAUGCCUGGCCUGUGCGCGCCCGGCAGAUGUGUUAAUACUAUUGGCAGUUUCCGUUGCGUGUGCGGCCGCGGCUUCAAAGCAGCGGGCGAGGUGUGCGCGGACAUCGACGAGUGCAGCGUGCGGCCGCCGCCGUGCGAGCAGCUCUGCAAGAACACGGAGGGCUCGUACGAGUGCCUCUGCCGCAGCGGCUACGAGGUGGACGAGGACGGCGCCAACUGCCGCGACGUGGACGAGUGCGAGCGCGGCACGCACACCUGCCAGCAGACCUGCACCAACACCGAGGGCUCCUACGAGUGCUCCUGCCAGGACGGAUAUGAGAAGAGGGGCGAUGCCUGUGUUGAUGUGAACGAGUGCCAUGAAGAAGGUUUGUGCCCGGCGCCAGGCAAGUGUGUGAAUCUGCUGGGCUCGUUCCGCUGCGUGUGCCCGCGCGGGUUCCGCCUGGACGUGGCGGGCGCGCGCUGCUUGGACCGCGACGAGUGCGAGGCGGGCCGCUGCCAGUCGCCCUGCAGGAACUACGCCGGCGGAUACCGCUGCGACUGCCCCGCUGGCUCGGUGCGGUCGUCGAGCGGCGUGUGCGUGCCGCAGGACGCGUGCGCGGCGUCGCCGUGCGGCGGCUCGCCGUGCUUCGCGGUGGCCGGCGCCUACCGCUGCGGCUGCCCCGCCGGCUACGGCUGGGACGCCGGGCACGCCGUGUGUCUGCAGCUGGCAGGCGGGUGCGCGACGGCGAGCUGCCUGUACGGCUGCUCGUCGUUCGGCGCGUCGUACCAGUGCGGCUGCCCGGCCGGCUACCAGCUGGUGGGCGCGGGCCACUGCCUCACGGCGCUGGACGGCGCGCUGCCGCCCGACGACAUCGGCGACGCGCCCGUCUUCCCCGUGCGCGACCAGUACAAGAUCGGCGGAGACAAGGACCUCAUCUCCACCGAGGGCUGCUUCAGCUGCAAGGUGAACGGACGUAGACGAAGAGCUCCCGAUGAAGCGAUUGUGUUUGCGAACGGCACCACAAUCGUCAGGAAACGUAAACGACGCAGUCGCCGACGACGCUCUGUGCUGGAGCCGGAGGCGGAGCUGAUCGUGGUGUCGGCGACGGCGCGGCAGACGUGGGGGCGCGCGCCGCUGCUGCGCCUGCUGCCCGCCGCCGGCGGCGCGCGCGCGCACUACCGCGUGGCCUACGGGGACCCGCACCAGGACUUCCUGCUCUCCAAGCGGGACGGCGUCUGGGCGCUGCGACUGCGCAGGCAUCUCAACUCACAGGUGGUGAUGGACCGGCAGCUGGAGCUAGAGGCUCGGUUCGUGUCUCCGGGCGGGCGGCGCGCGCGCGGCGUGCGGGGGCUGCGCUCGCGCCGCGCCGCCGACGCGCCCGCGCCGCUGCGCCUCUACGUGUCCGUGAGGAUCGCGCCCAAACACACCUGACCACAACACACAACGGGGGACCUAUCGAACGCUUUAUACGACUCACAUACCACACCACACCAUAAUCAACUAACAUGACCAUCUAAAACAAUAAAUGGAACUGACCAUUUUCACUUUGUUAGUAAUUAAGUUUUUAUAUGAAUUUGAAUUUUGGAAACGUUUUGAUAGGUUGCCUAGGAAUGUAUAACGUCGAAAUGGAAUUUACACACGUGUAUAUUCUAAAGGCCAUGUUGAAGCCAUAACUAUUUACAAGUGUAUUGUGCUUUGGGGCUGGCGCAAAGUUCGCACUGCCCAAAACAGCAGAUCUAUUGAUGACACUCAAAAAGAGAUCUUAAAAAUUCUUUUUUUUAAUACUAAUUAAUGGGCGAUGAAUAGUUUGUCUGUUUUCAAGUGUUCCAAAACGUUAGUUGCGCUUUGCUCUGUGUGUUGGGCCCUUAGAGUGUAUGGUUGUGUGGGUUCCAUAUUGCAGGAUAGAGCCUUCUAUUUCUUCCUAUUUUGUGUCCUGUAGUGAGACUUGUACAUACUCCUUAUUUAUAACACUGCCAACGUUCAACGACUGCCAAUUCUUUUGUAAAUUAGAAAAUAACACAAUCGAUUUCAUAUGAUUGUUAAGAUUAACCGAUUGGAAUGUAAUGAUAACGUCUCACUACGAAACGAAAAUUGAUGUGUCAUUGAAAUGAUAGACUGGUUCUGUUUAAUGUGUGACUAAAUAUUAUGUGCCGACGGAAUUGUUUUUUAUGCUGCGAUUGUUUUAACAUGUUCCAAUAUGGCCGUCCCCACUAGAUAUUGGCCGCAUGUUCCCAUCGGGUCGGCGACACCGACCGCGUCGGCAGUAUUAAAUAAUUUGUGUGAGAUUGAAUGCAUAAUACCUAGUUAGUUGACGAUUCAAGUAACAAAGUUUUUGAACGUAAUAUUAACAAUACGAUACCAGUUCAUCUACUAUCUUAAAAGUUAGUGAGUUUUACUCUUAUUAUAAUAGAAAUCUGGUGUCUAAUACUAGAAUCGCUCCUUUUGGAUUGGUAUUAUUGGAAUAAUAAUUGCCAUAAUAUUAUGUUUUAACAGUUAUUUCAUGUUUUGCAUCUUAAUUAUGUCAAAAUAAUAUCCAGUUUUAUGUAAAUGUGGAUACAUUUCAAGAAAUGUAUUUUAUGCAACUUAAAAAGCCUAUACGAAAUAAUUUACUAUUUAUUUUUGUCGUAGUUUUUAACUUGCAACGAUUUUGAUUUUCAAAAUAAUCGACAUACUUUUUUAUGCAGUUUUUGGGCAAUUAUAAGUCUUUUUGUAUAAGUACAAAAACCAAUGCAAUAGAUUUGUUUUGUAAAUAUGUGUAUACAAAUAAUAAAAUUAAUAUAAAAUAUGUAGCUACUUUUAGUGAAGAAUAUUUAAGGAAUUAUUUUAACUUAGUUGUAAGACAAAGUGGAUCAAAAUGAAAUUAAUAAAUUUUUAAUUUAACA